AUGGACAAACACAAUCUAACAGUGCCAAAUGAAUUCAUUCUGACGGGAAUCACAGACCGCCCAGAGCUGCAGGCGCCAUUGUUCGGGCUGUUCCUCAUCAUCUACAUGAUCUCAGUGGUGGGCAACUUGGGCAUCAUCAUCCUCACCAAGAUGGACUCCAGGCUACAAACACCCAUGUACUUUUUUCUCAGACAGCUGGCUAUCACUGAUCUUGGUUAUUCAACAGCCGUGGGACCAAAAAUGUUGGCAAAUUUCAUUGUAGAUGAAAAUACUAUCUCCUGUUAUUUUUGUGCUACACAGCUAGUUUUUGUUAUCAUGUUCAUAACUAGUGAAUUUUUUAUUCUGUCAGCAAUGUCCUACGACCGCUAUGUGGCCAUCUGUAACCCUUUGUGCUACACAAUCAUCAUGUCACAAAGGGCGUGUUUGGUGCUUGUUGCAAUCCCCUGUCUCUACAGCACAUUUGUUUCUCUCCUGGUCACCAUAAAGAUUUUUAAUUUAUCCUUCUGUGGUCACAAUAUCAUCAGGCAUUUCUACUGUGACAGUCUCCCCUUGGUAUCUUUGCUCUGCUCAGACACACUUGAAAUCAAGUUGAUCAUUCUUGCCUUAGCAGCUUUUGAUCUGAUUUCAUCCCUCCUAAUAGUUGUUCUUUCAUACAUACUCAUAACUGCAUCCAUUCUCAGACUGAGUUCAGCUGAGGACAGGCACAAGGCCUUCUCCACCUGUGGAUCCCACCUGACUGUGGUGGUGGUGUUCUAUAAUGCAGUAAGAAAGUUUUUAAGCACAACUUCAUUUUGUCAUCCAUUUGAAGAGACCACUGUAGAAAUGCAGAACGUUGACAGUUCUGUUUUACAGAUAGAGAAUAUUAAUGCAGAUCCCCGUGUGGUAAAAAUCAACGUUAACAAAGAGUAA